AUGUACCGCGCAGGAGCACUAGUGCUCCGCGGAUCAGCUCUUCGUCGCACGCGGCUCUUCACUGUUUCAAUUCAUCAAAAUUUUGCCACGUUUUCUCAAAAAAGUAUAUUGACGAAACCAAUUGUAUCGACGAUUGCAGCAGGGAACCAAAAUAAAUUUUAUUCGAGUGGUUUUAGAAACAAAGAUCACGAUGAUCCAAUUGCCGUCGAUGAUUCGUUGGAACUUUACAAAGAUCUUGGUGGAAUGUCGGCUAUUCAAGUACCCGCUGAUAUGCCAAAUGUCCCCAUUUUAGCAAUCAAUCGGUAUCCACUCUUUCCAGGAUUCAUCAAAAAGGUUGAUAUCGUCAAAGACGACAAUCUGAAAGCAUUGAUCAGACGACAGUUGUCACUGAAACAGCCAUAUGCCGGAGUUUUUGUGAAGAGAGAUGAUGAAAAUAAAGAAGAAACUAUUGCAUCAUUAUCAGAAGUCUAUCCAACAGGUUCUUUUGUUCAAAUUAUUGAAGUAAGAGACCAAGGAAGUGUUCUCGAACUGGUUCUCAGUGCACAUCGAAGAAUUCGAGUCCUUGAACCAAUCGAAGAAACAGUUACACCAAAAACGGAUACACCAUUGAAUGGAAGACGUGCUCGUGGAAAGCGCACAGGUCUUCCUCCAACGCCCCCACCACCCCCACCACUUUCAACGCCUACAUCUGCUCCAGAAUUGCCCAUAACUUCGACAGGCACAGAAGAGAAAGAUGAGAAGAAAACGGCACCUACUGAAGAAAAGCAGAGAAAAGGAAUCGUUAUGGUCAAAACAGAGAAUGUUAUCGCUGAACCAGUGCCGAAGAACAAUGAGACAAAGGCUACUAUGAUGGCUAUUGUGCAAACUAUCAGAGAUGUUGUUCAAUUCAAUCAACUUUUUGGUCAACAAAUCAAUCUUCUACUCCAUCCAUCUCAAAAUGUCAUAGACAAUCCUGUGUAUUUAUGUGAUCUCGUUGCGACUUUGGUUCAAUCGGCAGAAACAAAAGAUCUUCAGGAAAUGAUGGACGAAACGGAUGUAUCGAAACGUCUUAAAAUUGCCCUACUUCUCAUUCAAAAAGAGAAAGCAGUUGCUAAACUGAAGCAUGAUAUCAAUAAAGAUGUUGAGAAGAAAGUUCAAGACCAUCACAGAAAAUACCUUCUGAACGAACAAUUGAAAGUUAUCAAAAAGGAAUUAGGAAUUGAGAAAGAUGAGAAGACUACAAUUAUUGAGAAAAUUGAUGAGAGAAUAAAAGCGUUGGCGGUUCCAGAAUACGCAUUGAAAGUUAUUAAUGAAGAGAAAACUAAACUGCAAUUCCUGGAUCCUCAUUCCAGUGAAUUCAGUGUCACGAGAAAUUAUCUUGAAUGGCUGACAUCUGUUCCGUGGGGUCUCACAUCACCUGAAAAUCGACGUCUGUCACACGCUAAAAAGGCUCUUGAUGAAGGACAUUAUGGAAUGAAAGAUGUAAAAGAACGCAUUAUGGAAUUCAUCGCUGUCAAUUUACUCCGUAAAUCAAUUGGUGGAAAGAUUCUUUGUUUCCACGGACCACCUGGAGUUGGAAAAACAUCAAUUGCCAAGUCGAUUGCAACAGCACUUAACAGAGAAUACUUCCGUUUCUCAGUUGGUGGAAUGACAGAUGUUGCCGAAAUCAAAGGACAUCGUCGUACUUAUGUCGGAGCGAUGCCUGGUAAAAUGAUUCAGUGUAUGAAAAAGGUGAAAACAGAGAACCCACUUGUGCUAAUCGAUGAAGUCGAUAAAAUUGGAGGAGCUGGAUUCCAUGGAGAUCCUGCUUCAGCUCUUCUGGAACUUCUCGAUCCUGAACAGAACGCGAACUUUAAUGAUCAUUUCUUGGAUGUUCCUGUUGAUUUGUCGAGAGUUCUCUUCAUUUGUACCGCCAAUGAAAUAUCGAAAAUCCCUGGACCACUUCGUGAUCGAAUGGAAAUGAUUGACGUCAGUGGAUACUUGGCAGAAGAAAAAGUUGCAAUUGCUCAUCAACAUCUCAUUCCACAACUGAGAAAAGAAACAUCUCUCUCAAAAGACCAAUUGGAUAUUGAGGACGCCGCUUUGGAGGAACUGAUCAAGCAUUACUGCAGAGAGUCAGGUGUCAGAAACUUGCAACAACAUAUUGAACGAAUUUUCCGAAAAGCUGCACUUCAAAUAGCUGAACAAGAAGCAGAAGAUGAAGAACCAAGCGAGAAAGCAACUACAGCUAUCACCGUGAAUUCGGAUGCUGAGCCCAUUACGUCGACGUCAUCAACGACGCAACCUGAAUCUGUGAAAACAACAACAGCCGAAAAGAUUACUAUUAGUACAAAGAAUCUUCAAAAGUAUAUCGGACGGCCAAAGUUUACAUCAGAUCGAAUGUAUGAAGUGACACCUCCAGGAGUUAUAAUGGGUCUUGCAUGGACAGCAAUGGGUGGAUCUGCUCUUUACAUUGAAACAGUUCUGAAACGGCCUGUUGACUUAACAUCUGAUAAAGAUGGAAGUAUUGAAACAACUGGAAACUUGGGAGAUGUUAUGAAAGAAAGUGUGCGAACUGCAUUAACUGUUGCAAAGGGGAUUCUGGCUAGAGAACAACCGGAUAAUAAGUUCUUUGACAAGUCACAUAUUCAUAUUCAUGUUCCUGAAGGAGCAACUCCAAAAGAUGGACCAUCGGCUGGAGUUACACUUGUUUCAAGUCUUCUUUCACUCGCAUUGAAACGACCGGUUGUACAAGAUAUGGCAAUGACUGGAGAGAUCUCGUUGACUGGAAAAGUUUUACCAGUUGGUGGAAUUCGAGAAAAGAUUAUUGCGGCUCGUCGUGUUGGUGCGAAGCGAGUAUUCCUGCCAGCAGAGAACCGAAGGGACUUCGACGACUUACCAGAAUUCAUGAAAUCAGAACUGGAUAUUCGAUUUGUGUCUCAUUAUGAUGAGCUCUAUGAGCAUCUUUUCCAAUGA